AAGAAGUCCCCGUACAGCAAUACACCAAUACACCAACAAGGAAGCUUUCUAAACAAGCGACGAUAAGCCUGCUGUUAAUCGACAAAUUGGCCCGAUAUGACUGCUAUCAGACCAUUCGAGAUGGAGCGUCCAAGACACCGUCCGUUUCUGAUUGGUGUUAGCGGAGGAACUGCCAGUGGCAAGUCUACCGUAUGUGCCAAAAUCAUGGAGUUACUGGGCCAGAACAAGGUGGACCAUCAUCAGAGGAAAGUUGCUAUCGUCAGCCAAGACAGUUUCUACAGAGUCUUGACACUUGACCAGAAGGCCAAGGCACUCAAGGGCCAGUACAACUUUGACCACCCAGACGCUUUUGACAACGAGUUGAUGUACCAAACCCUGAAGGAUAUUGUGGAGGGGAGUGUGGUGGAGGUGCCGACAUAUGACUUUGUCACGCAUUCCAGGCUGCAGGACAGGAUCAUGGUGUACCCGGCUGAUGUGGUUCUGUUUGAGGGCAUUCUGGUAUUCUACUCUCAGGAAGUGAGGGACAUGUUUCACAUGAAGCUCUUUGUGGACACUGACUCUGAUGUCAGGCUUUCCCACAGAGUUCUGCGGGACAUGAAGAGGGACAGAGACCUGGAGCAGAUCCUUAACCAGUACACUACAUUUGUCAAGCCAGCCUUCGAGGAGUUCUGUUUACCUACCAAGAAAUAUGCAGAUGUAAUUAUUCCUAGAGGAGUUGACAACAUGGUGGCCAUCAACCUCAUCGUGCAGCACAUCCAAGACAUCCUGAAUGGGGACCUCUGUAAGUGGCAACAUGGAGGAGUGGUGAACGGGCACAGCCGUGGCUUCAAGCGGGCCUUCUCGGAGCAGGGGGACCUGGACAACCCCACAUCCAAUCUUCCACUAGGGAAGAGGGUCCUACUGGAGCCGAGCAGUCGCCCCCACUGAGGCAGCCAUCUCUGUGCGUGUGUUUACUCUGACUGACAGUCUACUUCUAUAUACACUUUCCUAAUGUUGAGUUGCACCCCCUUUUGCCAUCAGAACAGCCUCAAUUCGUUGGAGCAUGGACUCUACAAGGUGUUGUAUGCAUUCCACAGGGAUGCUGGCCCAUGUUGACUCCAAUGCUUCCCACAGUUGUGCCAAGUUGGCUGGAUGUCCUUUGGGUGGUGGACCAUUCUUGACACACAUGGGGAACUGUUGAGCUUGAAAAACCCAGCAGCGGGCAGUUCUUGACACACUUAAACCAGUGAGGCCGGCACCUACUACCAUACCCCGUUCAGAGGCACUUAAAUAUUUUGUCUUGCCCAUUCACCCUCUGAAUGGCACACAAACACAAUCUGCCUCAAGGCUUAAAUCCUUCUUUAACCUGUCUUCUCCCCUUCAUCUACACUGAUUGAAGUGGAUUUAACAAGUGACAUCAAUAAUGGAUCAUAGUAUUCACCUGGUCACUGUCAUUUAAAGAGCAGGUGUUCCUAAUGUUUUGUUCACUCAGUGUAUAUACAGAAAGUAUUCACACCCCUUGAUUUAUUCCACAUAUGUUGUUAGCCUGAAUUCAAAAUGUAUUCAAUUCUACACACAACACCCCAAAAGGACAAAGUGAAAACAUGUUUAGACAUCUUUACAAGUGUAUUGAAAAUGAAAUACAGAAAUCUCAUUUACAUAAGUAUUAAUUUCCAAGUCUUGCCAUAGAUUUAAGCAAUUUAAGUCAAAUAUAACUAGGCUACUCAGGAACAUUCAAUAUCAUUUUGGUAAGCAAUUCUAGUGAAUAUUUAGCCGUUUAAAGUUAUUGUCCUGCUGAAAGGUGAAUUUGUCUCCCAGUAUCUGUUGGAAAGCAGACUAAAACAGGUUUUCCCCUA